AUGCUAAAAGCGAUAAAAAAACAUAAUGUUAGCUUCGCCCCGAUCAAACUCUCGACGAACCUGAAACAACAGCUACCAGCAUGGCACCACUUGGGUGCCCCACCCCGAACAUACCACAAAAUUAAUAAUACAUGCCUACAAACAGUACAUAAGACCAAAUCAAUAAAGGACCUUAUGAAAAUAGCAAACCGGAAUAAAACUCACCCAAUGCAUAAACCAAGAAGCAAUUGUGCCUGCUCACCUUGCCAACAAGAUCGAAAUGAAGGCUGUAUGAACCCCCAGAAAUGCUCCACCACCGCAAAUAACAUCCUAAACAAACUACACCCUAAAUUCAACACAGAGACACCACAAAGACAAGACAACCUCACCUUAACACACCGCCGCAAAGAAAAAAACUCCAGAGCCAGAUCUAGUAGGCAAGGCGAAGUAAUUUUCGACCCAUCAGUAACGGCAAAAUCUAGCCUAGCAGAAUGCUUUAGAAUAUUCACAAAA